GUUGGCCACUCGGCUGCCAUCCUUCGCUUCUCCCUUUCUUCGUCUGCACCGUUUCCCUUGGGUACUAACUUACUUGCUACUUGAGAAUCUCAAAGAAAGCCUGCUUGAUAGCGAACGACGAUACAAGCACCAGCGAUGUUGUUCAAGACCCUCGUGCCCGCGUUGGCGGUGCAAUUCGCUGCAGCUCAAGAGCUCAUGCGUUUUGGCUGCUCGCAGCUCGUCAUUGACCAAGUCGACCCUCUAGUUGAGCCUGGCAAUGUCCCAUCGGCACACAUGCACCAAGUCGUCGGCGGAAACUCAUUCAACGCAAGCAUGCAGCCGUCGUCUCACGACCCCUCGUCGGUUUCCACUUGUACUAGCUGCACGUACAAUGAAGACUUCAGCAACUACUGGACAGCAAACUUGUACUUCAAAGCCCGCAACGGAACGUACAAGCGGGUUCCCCAGUUCGCUAACCUGGGGCUUGGUGUCCAGGGCGGCGUGACCGUCUAUUAUAUCCGAGGUUACCAAAACGCUGCCAAGGUCACAGCUUUCAAGCCUGGCUUCCGUAUGCUUGUCGGUGACUCCCUGAACCGCAAGGCGGCAACCAUGCAGAAGCAGCUCUGCUACCGCUGCGAAGCCAACAUGCAGCAGAACCCGUUCGGCGGCGCGCCAUGCACGGGCUCCGACACCCAAGCCUUCCCCAAGGAGCCGUGCGGCGGCGGCUGGCGCGUGUCCAUCCACUUCCCAUCCUGCUGGGACGGCAAGAACCUGGACUCGGCCAACCACAAGAGCCACGUCGCGUACCCGGCGUCCGGCACCUUCGAGAGCGGCGGUGCCUGCCCCUCGACGCACCCCGUCAAGAUCCCCCAGAUCAUGUACGAGAUCAUGUUCGACACGCGCCAGUUCAACAACAAGGCCGAGUGGCCUGCCGACGGCUCACCCCCUUGGUACUGGAGCAUGGGCGACAACACUGGCUACGGAUUGCACGGCGACUACUUGUUCGGCUGGAAGGGCGAUGCCCUCCAGAAGGCUAUGGACGGCCAUUGCUCCGGUGACCGAUGCGCGCCUCUCAAGCGACAAACCGAUGCGCAGGCUAUUGCUUGCACCAAGAAGCAGCAGUCUGGUCAAGAUAUCGGCGACAAAUGGCUUACCGAGCUUCCUGGCAUGAGCAUGCCCAUGUAGACGAGUUGGAGACGUUGAAGUGUGGGAUAGGGGGGUAUUGGGUUUUCAGGGGCCAGGCUCGCUUCUUAUACAAGAGCAUAGGCUGUUUGCUCUCUAUGCUUCUUAUGUAUAACACAGGGUCACUGAACGGGUUAUGUAGAGAUGGGAUAGAAUGCAGUUCGAUUCGAUAAUUUCAACCUGAUCCUACAUACGAUUGAUGCUUCGUUUCUUCUUGCUGUGUCUGAUGAACUAACUGGUUGUCAUUGUUUGCUGAUUGGCGGCUGAACAGCGGUCGGGGCAUUCUUUUUUACCCAUGGCUUUCGGUACUGCACACGCAACUCGGGAUUCUUCAUUCCCAGUCAGUUACAUCAUGUGUUUGGUAGUAUCGGAUAUUCACCACAGUUAAGAUGGGGAGUCUGAGAUAAUAUCCUGCCUAGGGACGUGUCAAGGCAGGGCCGAAUACUCCAAUCAAGUUUCGAAGUAAUCUUUGCACCUCACUCAGUCCCCGAACAAAACAUAUAUUGAUUGGCAUCAUUUAGAGAGGUUUUCUGAACUUGUCAGAGAUCGUCUACAUGAAAUUCAAGAUAUAAGACAUGUAAGUUAUCAUGGAUGUUGGUAUUGAAUUGGAUGGAAAAG